AUGUUGAUUGAUUUCAUACUAGGCGCUCUGAGGACGGAGAUCCAUCCCACUCUUCCCAAGGUCACCAUUACUGGAACAAUAGACGUCGGAACACUCUUAAAAAAACUCAGCAAGUCCGGAAAGCCCUCAGAACUGCUUCACUUUGAUUACAUUCCUCAGUCUGCAGAGAAAGUUUUAAGCAAUAACAGCACUGAAAGUAUUACAGAAACUUCCAGAGAGCAGGUAGAGAACAGCAAGAAGAAGAAGAAGACGAAGAAGAAGAACAGUGAUAGUAUUAAAGUGCAGGUGGAGCAGAAUAGUGAGAAGAAGGCUGAGAUAAUUAUACCUGAAGUAAGGUGUUCGGUAAAUCAUGAUACAGUGCCUGCGAGGUUUCAUGUGCCGGAGGCUUUUCGUGCUCCGGCGCCCGGUUGUUCGAUGGUGGAGGGGCCUAGCUUCGCGCGCCAGGAGUGGUGUAACUUUGGUGUGCCGACGGUGUAUCAUAACAUUCCGCCGGAGGGUGGUGGCAUAGCGGAUUAUUUUAAUGAUGAGAAUACUAUGGGAUGCCAUAUUCAAGGAACACCUUAUACUCGUCUUUGUGAAACAAAGAAUAUUCUAACGGUAAACGGUCAAUUUCCUGGGCCAACAAUAUACGCUCAAAAAGGCGAUACCAUACUCGUCAAUGUAAUGAACCAAGGAGAUUACAACAUCACCCUUCAUUGGCAUGGACUAAGCCAACAUAGAAACCCAUGGUUUGAUGGACCCGAGUACGUAACACAAUGCCCAAUUCAACCCGGCACAAACUUUACAUACCGCCUAAUAUUCAGUGAAGAAGAAGGCACUAUCUGGUGGCACGCACACAGUGACUGGGACCGCGCAACAGUCCACGGCGCCGUCAUCGUCCACCCACUAAACGGCACAACCUUCCCCUACUCCAUCCCUGACAAAGAAAUUCCAAUCAUUCUCGCGGAGUGGUGGAAAGCAAACGUGAGCCAAGUUCUAGCCGACGCUCUCUCAACAGGCGGAGCGCCACUUUUGUCGGAUGCCUUCACCAUCAAUGGCCAGCCUGGAGAUCUCUACUCAUGCUCCUCAUCCGACACCUUCACCGCUAUAGUCGAGCGCAACAAAAGCUACCUCCUCCGCGUCAUAAAUGCCGUGCUAAACAACGAGCUCUUCUUUGCCAUCGCAGGCCACCGACUCACGAUCGUCGGCACCGACGCCAGCUACACCAAACCAUACGCCACCGACUACAUAAUGAUCACCCCGGGCCAAACCAUGGACAUCCUCCUCCACACAAACGGCACCAAUGGCACCCGUUUCUACAUGGCGGCGAGCACCUACGGCAGCGCGGAUAUUCUCUACGAUGUAACCACCGCCACUGCCAUUCUGCAAUACGGCAACACAACAACAGACACGCCAUUGCUUCCAUCCCUCCCCGAGUUUAAUGACACGAAAGCAGCGAUGGAUUUCGUCGCCGGGCUAAGAUCUCUGGUUGAACCGGCGGGGCUGCCGGAGACCAUAGACGAGCGGAUAACCAUCACGGUGUCGGUAAAUUUUCUGCCAUGCGAGCCGGGAAGGAAUUGCACCGGGCAGAAUCACGACCGGGUUGCGGCGAGUCUUAACAACAUAAGCUUUGAAACUGGAAACAGAGAUAUACUGAAGGCUUAUUAUGAGAACAUAAGCCGGGUGUUUGGGACGGGGUUUCCGGGGGAGCCACCGGUGAAAUUCAAUUUUACGGGGGAGAAUCUGCCGGAAUCGUACCAGUUUCCGGGGAGGGGGACAGAGGUGAGGGUUGUGGAGUAUAAUAGGAGUUUGGAGAUUGUGUUUCAGGGGACUAAUAUUCUGGCGUCGGAGAACCAUCCGAUGCAUUUGCAUGGGUAUAGUUUCUAUGUGGUGGGAAUAGGGUUUGGGAAUUUUGAUGAGAGUAAGGAUCCGAGGAGUUAUAAUUUGGUUGAUCCGCCAUAUGAGAACACAGUUGGUGUUCCGAAGAAUGGGUGGGCGGCUAUCAGAUUCAGGGCUCGGAAUCCAGGAGUUUGGUACAUGCACUGCCAUGUUGACUCGCAUUCGAGCUGGGGAAUGGAUACUGUGCUCAUAGUGAAGAACGGGGGAGGGAAGGAUGAAGGGAUGCUGCCACCGCCGUCAUAUAUGCCUCCUUGUUGA